CUCUUUCUCCACUCCGCCCCCGCUCUGCGGGAAGGCGCGUCGGGGAAAAAAAAGGGGUCGCCCGCCGGUCUCCGAGCACAGUCGCCAUGGACCGCCGGCCCUCGGUCGCCGACUGCCUCCGGGACUGGGGGGAGCUGCAGGACGGCUUCCAGCUCGCGCAGGAAACUCACAAGCAAUACAGACAGAAGCUGGAAGAUCUGACAAAGCUCCAAGGUAGCAUCUCCAGCUCCAUUUCACGACAGAAAAAGCAACUGAAGGAACUCUCUCUGACUCUUAAGAAGUGCAAAUCUCUUCCUGACCAAGAACAGGAUGAGGAUGCUCUUGAAGAACUCCAAAACAUGAUCAAAGAGAGACAGGAUGUCUUUUUUGAAAUGGAAUCAUACUUGCCAAAAAAGAACGGGUUAUACCUGAGUCUUGUGCUGGGAAAUGUGAAUGUCACGCUGCUGAGCAAGCAAGCCAAGUUUGCAUAUAAGGAUGAGUACGAGAAGUUCAAGCUUUACCUCACCAUCAUUUUGAUCAUCAUCUCCUUCACCUGCCGCUUCCUCCUUAACUCCAGGGUAACAGAUGCUGUCUUCAAUUUUCUCCUGGUCUGGUAUUACUGCACGCUGACGAUUCGAGAGAGCAUCUUGAUCAACAAUGGUUCUAAGAUUAAAGGCUGGUGGGUACUUCAUCACUACAUCUCCACCUUCCUCUCAGGUGUCAUGCUGACUUGGCCAGAUGGCCUCAUGUACCAGAAGUUCAGAAACCAGUUCCUCACAUUCUCCAUGUAUCAGAGCUUUGUCCAGUUUCUUCAAUAUUACUACCAGAGUGGUUGUCUGUACCGGUUGAGAGCUUUGGGUGAACGACACACCAUGGAUCUCACUGUGGAGGGUUUCCAGUCCUGGAUGUGGAGAGGCCUCACUUUCCUGCUUCCGUUCCUCUUCUUCGGCCAAUUCUGGCAACUGUUCAAUGCCGUCACACUCUUCCAACUGGCCAGCCAUCCAGAAUGCAAAGAAUGGCAGGUCCUGAUGUGCGCCCUCCCCUUCCUCACCCUCUUUACUGGAAACUUCUUCACCACAUUGCGAGUUGUUCAUCAGAAAUUCCAGAAUAAGACCAAGAAGGAAUGAGCCUUCAAGUGCCUGUCUCCCUUCCUGGCUAUCACUGUUGGUGGGAGCACUACUACUCUGCUGACCGAAGGAUCCACAAUACGCUGGGCGUUCUCCUCCUCUUCCUCCUCUUCCUUCUCCUCCUCCCUCCCUCCCUCCCUGUGAUUCUCUUGCAUACAGAUGUUAAUGAAGCCACGUGGGAAUAGUGCUUCUGCCACCAACUUGAGGCCUUCCUGCUGCCAAAAGGAACUCUGGACUUAAAUCAGGUGUGAGAUUCAAGGAUUAGGGUGAAGUAUGAAGAACCCAAGUGACUCUUGGAUACAACUCCCAGCUGACACCUGCAUGGUUUUGUGUACCCUUCCUCCAAAGCAGGAGGCUGAUAAUUCCCAGAGCCUGUCUGCCCAAACUGAGUGACAGGAAAAGGAAUGGAGCAAGUUCAGCCUAGGCCAUCUAAUGUUUAGUACUGAGGACAUUAACUAUUAUUGGAAGCAGAUUCUAUGGGCAAAGAGCGUUCUUGCUAUUUCUGCUGGGUUGAUUCUUUCCUCCCCGUCUUCAGAAAUGUUCCCCUAUCCUAGAUUAUUGCGUUACUACGUGUGAGCAAGCGGAGGGGACAGCGUCUCAUCUGCACCUUCAAUACAAGAGCCUGCUUUCCCGCCUUGGUGUAUAUUUUAUGACAAAUCUGAGAGGGAUAACCAGUGGCUGGCUGAUUGUUUUCAGCCCCCUCUUCGCAGUUCUCCUCCUGGAGUUGCCUUCUCAGCUCUUGAGGGGCCAAAGACCCAAGCGCUUCUACCCCUGUGCUCUUUUUGGGGAACAUGGAUUCACAAGCACCUGGGACGCAUCUUGCCAGAGAAGCUGAAAAUAAUCUUUAUUUAACCAUAGUUGGCCGAGCAAGCAGCAGCAGUGGUGGCAUUUGGCCUCCUUCAAUCUCGGUCCAUAUUGUUGUUCGUGUGUCUUAAGUGUUACAGUGGUUCUAAAACUGGAAAAAGCUGGCCUACAUCCAAACAUG